UUUUAGUGCGCCAACAAACCAUUUUGCGAAAUUAGAAUCCCUUCUCAGCCUCUCCUUCUUCUUUCAACCUCGGUACUCGGUCAUUACCAGGCCGACGAGCUGCGUCAUCGCAAGCACGUAUCGAUAAGGACACUGCAACCCCCGAGAAUUCGACCCUCGAUCAGCCAAGAUGCCACGGGUCGUGUACAAAAUCGAUCCGGAGGAGAAGGCCGAGCACCAAAAGCGAUACACCGAGGGGCACGAGGAGAUCGAGUCGAAGCUGAUCAUCCAUCCCGAAUCCAAGGUGCUCAAGCCGUUCGAUCGAGUUUCCGUCCACGAAGACCUUUGGCCUACUUUCGAGUUCGAGGAUGUCGUGCCUAUCGGACCUGAUGGCAAGAUCGCCAACCUUCUACUCAGUGUUCGAGACGGCCACGCCUUCAAGAUCACGGGCAGAAUCAAUGUUGAUCCUGAUCUCAAGCAUAGAAUGUGCACGUUCCGCGGAAAAGGUUAUACCACCUUGAAUGGUUCAUUUAUCGAGUUGAAAACGCCUGAUAACAUCUCUAUCGGUUUCAAUCCGUCUACCUGCUGGAUUGGAUCAAAAUCUGGCUGGUUCGAGGUCAAGCCUGCACCCAGCUACCGUGAGGCUUUCGAGCGCAUCCAGCACAUCGCUGGUUUCUUUUUCUUGGCCGUUGAUACCUACGAAGACAUUGCUCGCGGGGGCGUCCAAGGCGGCGAAUCGCCCUACACUGUUUGGGAGGAUGUCGAUGAAGUUCUGAUGCGCUACGUUGAACUCAACGGCUCUGGCGUUGCCAUGAUGGAGGUUAUUGGUGCUUUGAGAGAAUCGAAAGAGUACCUCUUAGAACAAUUUCGAAAAUUAGCGCACGGAGAGUAUUAUGUUGGUGACAACAGGACGUUUAAGUGGACUGACAAUAAUGUGUAUCGAUGGAUUGUUGCUGGUUGCCCUUUGGAACCGCCCAAGACUCUUCCGCCAGAUCCAGUCAUGGCCCAGGCUCGCCCUCCGCCACUUGGAACGAAGCCUCCAGUCGAGGUCUUCAGGCCACAUCCCAAGAAAUCUCCGACUCCUACGAAGAGCAGCCAUAGUUCUCACUCGCCCAGCCCGCCUACCGGCCCCCCACAGCAAGACGAUCGUGGCCCCUUUCCUCCCGGAGUGUCCUCGAAGAUUACUUUCAAACCACUAGGUGGCGGCCCUCGCAUCACAAUCGACCGAUGGCCACGAAACAAACCCAAAAAGCCUACCAGCAACUCCUGGGUACGCAGAAACACAGCUCAUCACGGGGUCUACACUAGUCCAGAGUUUCCACAAGGGCUUCAACCCGAUAUGGACAACGUCGAGAUGUUUGUUGUUAUUGGUUGCCACGCCCGAAUCUGCGAUCGGUUUGCCGAGUUGAACGCCUCAAAUCUCAGUUAUGCUUUUUACUGGGAUUAUAAGUGUGACGAGAAUGGUGCUGCCCGGCAAGUUAUGAACUACUAUGCGAAGCAAAUAGCUGCCAAGUUCCUAGCUCUCGGUCCGUCAUGGAAGGAUACUGCCGUCUACAAGGGCCUGCUAGAAGCCGUCUAUGAUGAUUCCAACCUUAACGAGGAAGAGAAGAAAGUGGUCAAGGAGCUUACGGUCGAUGGCAAGAAGGCGGUACAUCGAUCAAAGGCGAAACGCUCCAAGGUGGAACAAUUAUCCGAAGAACCCACCCCUGCCAGCUUGUCAACUCCGCUUGCUACAAUGAGCAUCAGUGGUGCAAUGAAGCGGAAGUCCGAUUCCCCCCCUCCUGCCGGAAAGCGUUCUCGUCGGAAGUCUGUUGUUUCACGCUCACGUUACCAGUCCCCGGUUUCGUCCCGAGUCACCAAGUACGAUUCCGUCGGAAAGGUGAUCCCGAAACCUAUUAAGCGCUCUGGCUAUUGAAUUGCGUGGUACAGUGGCGUUGGUGUGGGACAAUUGCGGAUAUGAUACCCUUAGAUAGAUGAAUGAAAUGC